AUGGCAUUCCGAAAAGCUACCACACUAAAUAGUAUCACUGCUCUAGUUUCAACACGAAUUCACAAGUGGGUGCCUCAAAUUGUGAGGAAUUUUGCUUUUAAAGAUAUUAAAGUUGGAAAGCCACGAGCUAGCAGUUUGAAAUAUCAUUGUCAUGAUCUGUUUCUGACUAACUGUUUCACAUGUAUUUAUAAUUAA